AAACAACACGAGAGACAAAAACCCUCCAUCUAUGAAAACCUGCAUGUGUGUCCACCACUAACACACCUUCCGGCUGUGGUUCAACUUUCCGGUCACGUUUACCAGCUGAAGGGGUUUUUAACAGCUGGUUGAAUAUUAAACUGUUCACUGAUAGAGCAGGCAAAGAUUGAGUGAAGCCUAAACUCAACCUGGAAUGUGUUUACCUUCUUUAUUUGGCUAAUAAUAUAGCCGAAUAUACAUCUGAUGAUAAUAUGUUAUGUGUAAUAAAUGAGGGUUGCUGUAAAACGACAUAUUUGAACGUUCAGGUUGUUUUGUGUGCUGUGUCAGUACAGACAGACUGCAGUGUUGAAACAGUUGACAUGAACAGAUCUGACUUGGAGCGGCUUUAACAGACUAUUACUGAGUUUGACUGACUGGUUUUGAAGAAAGUAGAUCCACUCUGAGAGUUCCAUUUCCUCAUUAAAGUGCUUCCUCGGUUGAUCAGCAUCAUGUGAAGUGCUCUGUAGUCUACUCUGGCAUCUGUGCCAUCCAGUAAUCAAGCUGAGUUUAUUUUCUAAAGUUAAGUGGAUGCUUUGAAUGUGAAUUGCUUUUACUUGCUUUGAGCUGUUGGAAAGUGUCCCUCAAAACAUAAUCAGUUGCUUUUUAUGGAGCAGUAGUUGGUUUCAUUGGAGUUAAUAGAGAAAUCUGACCAAUAAGUAAAAAGAUUAUGCAUUAAUGGAUGUGAGCCAAAUAUCUACGGCAGUCCUCGACCAAAAUAAGUUGAUUUAAUCGACAGAUCUGUCAAAUCUUGAGUUUCUCCACAAAGAAUCAAACAGAAGCACCACUUUGCACCUUGUGAUUAUCAAAGAUGUGUCUUGGAAAUAAGUCAUUCAGCAUGAAAAGCAGCAUAAAACAAUGACUAAUCGACUAAAGACAUCAAAUUUGACCUAGAACACAACAACCGACUAAGAGAGCGCAGCCCUGCACAAGUCCCACCAUGAGCUUUGACUUAUUACACUGUGUAGCCAGUCUGCAAACUCCACAGGUGGCAAAGUGAAGGUGGUGGGAGGGGUGUUGCACAUAUAAAGAGGCUGGAGGGGGGGGCUGAAUUAUUUUUCUCACAAGCAUUUAGCUUUCUUGAGUAGUUACCCGCUGGCCUCCUCUCAAGACAGCCCCCACAGCUCCUCGGUGUGAUGAAAUGCAGGAAAAAGGCUCCGGGUUUAAUAAUUUAGCUGGCUGACUGAGUUGUGUGACUGUGAUGGACCAGUUCAACCCAGGACUGAGGAAUCUGGUCAACCUGGGCAAGAACUAUGAGAAAUCAGUGGCUGCAAUGAUCCUGGCAGGAAAGUUGUAUUUUGAUGCAAUGUCUAAGAUUGGGGAGACUGCUGCAGUGUCUCCUGUCUCCAGAGAAUUAGGUGUAGUGCUCAUGGACAUCUCAGAGGUCCACAGGAAGGUUCAUCUUGAGCUGGAAGAAAAUUUUAAGAGGUUCCACAAGGAGAUAAUAUCCGAGCUGGAGAGAAAGACUGACAUGGAUGUCAAAUACAUGACAGCCACGUUUAAGAGGUACCAGAUUGAGCAUAAGAUAAAGCAGGACUUUCUGGAGAGAUCCCAGUCUGACCUGAAGAAGCUGAGGAGGAAGAGCCAAGGCAAGAACGCCAACAAGUACGAGAGCAAGGAGAGCGAGUGCCUGGAAACGUUGACAAGCCGUCAGAUGGACAUGCAGCUGUUCAUCGCAGACGGCUGUAAGGAGGCUCUGCUGGAGGAGAAGAGACGCUUCUGUUUCCUGGUGGACAAACACUGCAUGUUCUCCUACCAGUAUGCCUCCUUCCACGAGAAGGCCAGAGACAUGCUGACGGCAAAGCUAAAGAGCUGGCAGGACCGGUGCAACGACGCCUCCGACAUGCCCGACAGUAUCUUGUCCAUGAUCGACGGACUGCGCACGCCCGUCGUCAUCACACCUCUGCCCUCUCCCUCCCCGUCGCGGCACAGUAUGAACAUGUCCGCUCCUCUGGCUCCGCCUCUGAAGGCUCAGACCAGUCCUCUGGCUAACAUGUUCACCCAGGAGAACAACACCACCACCGUAACCAGCCCCACCAAAAACAGCAUAGACCACGUGAGCAGCGAGGACCACAAUCUGGCCAGGUCCGUGUCCGUCGCCACUGGCCUCAACAAUAUAGUGAAGAGGAUGCGAGUGCGCACCAUCUUCCCCCACACCGCCGGCAGCAACAACACGCUGCUCAGCUUCGAAGAGGGAGACGUCAUCGCCCUGCUCAUCCCCGACGAGAGAGACGGGUGGAUGUACGGCGAGCUGGAGAAGAAUGGAAAGAGGGGCUGGUUCCCUUCAUCUUACUGCCGUGCUCUCUCCGAGCCUCUCGUGAAUAACAACAGUGUGUCUACGGCCCCGUACCGCAGUAGAAGUGUGGUCAACCUCCACCAUCAGGACACGGAGACAGACGAGGCGACCAUGGUGCUCCCCCCGGCGGACUACAGUGACGUCCCGCAGCGCAACGCCAUCAAGAACAACACCAGCACCGUCGCCACAAACUACAAGCACUCCCCAACGCCCUCUGCAGCCUCCUCCUCCUCCUCGUCUGAUCCCCACACGGCAGUGCAGCCUAACGGCACCUCGAGAUCUCAGCCUGCUUACCUCGCGGGAGGGAACCCAUUCUCCACAGUCCGGCUACGUCCAACACUCACCAACGACCGCUCCGCACCGGUCAUCUGAUCGGUCCACAUUUACGCACGACCCCUCCGCUCCCGCAACGUCUUGUCCAACCUUCCUGUGUCAUCUACCGGGUGACGUGCAGCUCUGCCCUGCCUUUACUGUCCAGCAGCGUCUACUGGUCUGGAACCAGACAGAACUCGGCCAGCACUGAGACAAAAAAAAAAAAAAAUGCCAUUUGAAUCUGGGAAUCCGAUCACUGCUGCAAACUCUCACGUUGAAAGUAUUUUGGGACCGUUUUUAUUUUCCAGAACAGAUGCUCACAUAUUUAAGAUGUAUAUGUUUUUCUAUUUUGUCCCUCUGUUUGUGGUGGUGAUGCUACAAGGACCACAUUCUUACCCGCACUUGAGAAAUGGAUGAAUGAAAACGGUCAAAGAAAAUACUGCGAUGUAUUUAUGCUGUUGAUGUUGCUUGUUCAUCGUCAACACGACUGUUAGAAAUGCCAUAUAGGACGGUAGAAGAACGAACUUUAGAGGACCUCUGCAUUUCAGCUUCAGGUCCUUAUUGAAACGUUGCAUCUUAGCGUCGAU